AUGGAAUCCAUUCUAAACAUUCAGAUAUACCAUGGAGUGCUUUACCACACAACUCUAAAGGAGUCAUACCAAACUCUGCUUACGCUUUGCCACAGAAUCAUCUUGACACUCAGGCUCCUGUCUAGUGUAGUGCUUCCCACACAACACAAGCCAAAAGGUGUUUAUAAUGCUCGACCUGGAGUGCAAGAGGUUAUUUUAGCUCCAGAUACUUCCAGAGAUAAGAGAGAUAUGAAGGAUUAUCUAGGCAAGUACGUGUUUUUCAAAAGAUUUGACAUCGUUGAAGAUUUGGUGGACCACCAGUAUGCUCUAAAGGAACAGCUUCAAAAAAGCAUUCAAAGGAAUGGGCUAAGAGGAUCCAAGAAGAGUGGAGGAUUCUUGAGAAUGAUUUGCCAGUAUCCGACCACAAAGCGUGAUCGACUAGCCCACCGGGCCUAA